AUGACUCCCCGACCUCACAUUGACUGGCACUUGCCCCAGGACCAGACUAGGUGUGAGCUCCUCCAAGCUCGCAAGACCCAGCAGACCUCUUGCCCCAUUCCUGGGGACUUCAUUUCCAGGCAGCAGAUGGUGGCAGAGAGGCCAGCCCCUUAUACCAAUGUGAUCAUGCCCAGCCUGUUCAGCAUCAUCUGCUUCCUGGGCAUUGUUGGGAACCUCAUUGUCAUCUACACCAUCGUCAAGAAGAAGAAGCUGAGGUGCAAACAGACCGUGCCUGACAUCUUUAUCUUCAACCUCUCCAUCGUGGACCUGCUCUUCCUGCUGGGCAUGCCCUUCCUCAUCCACCAGCUCCUCGGCAAUGGCUCCUGGUACUUUGGAGCUCCUCUGUGCACCAUCAUCACUGCUUUGGACACUAACAGUCAAAUCACCAGCACCAACAUCCUGACAGUAAUGACCCUUGACCGUUACCUGGCAACUGUCUACCCUCUGAAAUCCACCUAUGUCCGAACACCCUGUGUAGCAGCCUUAGUCAUCUGUUUGGUGUGGCUCCUAUCCUUCCUCACAAUCAUUCCCGUGUGGAUGUACACGGGCCUGAUGCCUCUGGACGAUGGGACCGUCCGCUGUGCUCUCCUCCUUCCCAACCCCGAGACUGAUAUCUACUGGUUCACCCUCUACCAGUUCAUGCUGGCCUUUGCCAUCCCAUUGAUUGUCAUCUGUGUGGUUUAUUUUAAGAUCCUCCAGCACAUGGCUACCACCGUGGUCCCCCUGCCCCAGAGGAGCCUCCAGGUACGUACCAAGAAAGUCACCCGCAUGGCUGUUGCCAUCUGCUCUGCCUUUUUCAUUUGCUGGGCCCCCUUCUACAUCCUGCAGCUAGUGCACCUGGGCAUCGACACACCUUCCAUUGCCUUCUUCUACGCCUACAACUUUGCCAUAAGUUUGGGCUAUGCCAACAGCUGCCUCAACCCUUUCCUCUACAUAGCCCUGAGUGAGACCUUCAAGCACCAGUUCAUGGUGGCCAUUCGUCCUGCCAAGGAGCAGGUCCGCAACAGCAGUUCCAUCAACAACAACAGCACGACAGAGGCCAGCGUGUGCUUGAAACUUGCACCAGAAUCCACUCAGCAGACUCAGUUUCUGGAGGACUUUUCCCCACACUCACUGCCUGUGACAGUCGCUGUUCACUAG